UAUUGUUUAAACAGUGUAAAAGAGUUGAGAUGGCUUACUGAUGCCUACAGUAUCAUUUUUUUCCUGUUAGUCCCACCACAGGUGUCCAUCCAGCUUGUGUAGCCCUGGGUUCUUGCCCCAAGUCUGGUCAUAUCCUCAUGCACGCAGUUCCUGCAGCAACAGCCUGCUGUUGGCUCGGCAGAACCCUGUGCAUAUUCUGGGAAUAAAUAAUAAAAAAUAUCUUUUACAUACAUAAUUUGUACCAUAAAAGGUAGAAACAUUAAAGUAUGCAGGCAUCAUGGAUGUCAUCAUGGCUGUUGCAAUUGAAAACAGGCCUCAAGGCAAAUAUGGCUGUACAUUCUUCAGCAAAUUUCAGUAUUCCUUCAGUGUUUACAGAGAUACCACUUAUUUUCUCAUAGUUACCCAUCUGCCAGCACUUACUGACUAAUAUAGCACAUAUAGUAGAAGAAAAUCCCUAUUAUUUGCUUUCAUGUCCUCAGUAAGGAUUUUAUCCCUCAGGGAGAAACUAAAAAAGUAUAAUAAACAAAGAAUUAAAUUAUUGUGCAAAUAGAUAGGUCUGAGGGAAGCAGGGACUUCUGACAGUGCUGGGACUGCUGCCACCCCUACCUAGGGAAAAGAGUACCCUCAGGAGGAAGUUAACGGUAUAAAACAGAAAGGGAAAAGCAAAUCACCAAGCAUCCUUUCCUGUCCUUGGUUCAGAUACCACAUAGGUUUGAAAGGCCCUGCUCAAGCAGCAGCAGACUCUCACAGACAACACAGAGGUGGAGUGCUCCCAGCUGGAAGAGAAAGCUGCCAGGCUAUCCAGCCGUCAAUCCUGCCAUGGCCACAAAAGCCACCAGCUCCAAGAAAUGCCUCCAGCUUCUUGCUUUCUACGUGGCUCUGGUAGCACCUGUCUUCUGUGGGAAUGUGCUGGUCUGGCCAACAGAGGGCAGCCACUGGCUAAACGUGAAGAUGGUUAUUCGGGAGCUCAUCCGCCGUGGGCACAGUGUCACCAUCCUCGUGUCCAAUGCUUCCCUCUUCAUUCAGCCAAAGGCUGAGACCACUGAGAAGUUUGAGGUUUUUAACGUGCCCUUCAAGAAAGACACCAUUGCAAACCUGAUUGAGGAGAUUGUGGCAUUGUGGCUGAACAACAGGCCAACAGCCUCGACCUUCUGGCAGUUUUACAGGGAGCUGGGGAAACUGUCCAAAAGCUGGCACCAGGUCAACCAGCAGAUGUGUGAUGCAGUGCUGACUAACCGGGAGCUGAUGGCUCAUCUACAGGGCUCUGGUUAUGACAUGCUGCUGUCAGACCCAGUUACUCUCUGUGGGGACCUCGUAGCUCUCAAGCUGGCACUGCCCUUCGUGUACUCCCUGCGCUUCUCUCCAGCCUCAACUGUCGAGAGGCACUGUGGCAAAAUCCCAGCCCCACCAUCCUACAUACCUGCAGCCCUGUCUGAGCUCACUGACCACAUGUCCUUUGGCGAGAGAAUUAAAAAUAUCCUGUCUUAUCAUUUGCAAGACUACAUUUUCCAGAGCUACUGGGGAGAAUGGGACAUCUACUACAGCAAGAUCUUAGUUGACAACAGCCACUGGCUCAACAUGGAGUAUAUCCUGCACGAGCUUGUAGCCCGGGGCCAUGAGGUGACUGUGCUGCUGCCUUCGUGCUUUCUUAUCCUAAAUGGCACCGAGCCCUCACCUUUCCAAUUUGAGAUGGUCGAGGUGCCAAUCAGCAAAAGUGAGAUGGCUGCCGCAAUGGAUGAAGGUUUCUAUUUUUGGUUCUAUGAGGAGAGAAGGUUACCUUUCUGGGAAAGUUUUUACAAGAUGAUUGAUCUGCUACGCAAGUUCGAGAAUAUAACCAGAACCAUUUGUGACGGAGUUGUGAAGAACAAGGUGCUGCUGGAAAGGCUGAGGGCAUCCGCCUUUGAUGUCCUCCUGGCAGACCCACUGAUGCCCAGCGGGGAGCUGUUUGCGGAGAAGCUGGGUAUCCCUUUGAUAUACACCAUACGGUUUUCCAUGGGCAACACAGUGGAGCGGCUCUGCGGGGGACUCCCAGCUCCUCCUUCCUAUGUGCCAGCCAGCCUAAGCUCCCUAACAGACCAGAUGACCUACACACAGAGGAUAAAAAACUUGUUCUCCUAUGCUCUGCAGGACUUCGUAUACCAUUACAUUCUCUGGGGACAUUGGAAUCAAUACUACAGUGACAUUUUAGGAAGGCCCACAACCCUGUGUGAGACGAUGGGGAAAGCAGAGAUAUGGCUAAUCAGAACAUACUGGGAUUUUGAAUUUCCUCGCCCUUUCCUGCCCAACUUUGAGUUCGUUGGAGGACUUCACUGCCAGCCUGCAAAGCCACUGCCAAAGGUCCUCUGGCGAUACAAAGGUAAAAAACCAGAAACUCUGGGCUCCAACACCAGGAUUUAUGACUGGAUACCCCAAAAUGACCUGCUCGGCCAUCCCUUGACGAAGGCCUUCAUUACUCAUGGUGGGACCAAUGGGAUCUAUGAAGCUAUUUACCAUGGAAUCCCAAUCGUUGGGAUUCCCAUGUUUGCUGACCAGCAUGACAACGUUGCUCACAUGAGGGCAAAAGGAGCUGCAGUUGAGCUGGAUUUCAGCACACUGACAACGCAGGAUCUAGUUGAUGCAGUGAAUACAGUCAUUAACAAUUCUACCUACAAGGAAAGUGCUUUAAAGUUAUCCAAGAUACAUCAUGACCAGCCAAUUAAGCCUCUGGACAGAGCUGUCUUCUGGAUUGAAUUUGUCAUGCGUCACAAAGGAGCAAAGCACUUGAGACCAGCUGCUCACCAUCUUACCUGGUACCAGUACCACUGCCUGGAUGUUCUGGCAUUCUUGUUCACCUGUGCAGCCAUUGCUGGCUUCAUUCUUGUCAAGUGCUGCAUGUUUUGCUGUAGAAAAUGUAGUAGGGUCACAAAAAAAAAGAAAGAAUAGAUAUGUUGAUCCCAUCAGCAGUCUUUCUUCUCAUACACUGCUUCAGUAAAACGUUUCUGCAUACUCCUUGGUAAAUACAAUUAUAAGGAUAUGCUUUAAGUUAUGCAUAUCAUGAAGCACCUCAUUCAACUGGGUUGUACUAAAAAAGCAGUUAGAGAGCUGCUUGCUAAGCCAGCAAAUUACUGUUGGCCUCUAUAACAUUGAAUUAUAGCUGUCUAAUCCCUUGGGAAGCUGCUAGCUGAUCACACAGUAUUCCUAAAAUGAUAAUUACUGCUCUAACUUUUCAAAUUUAGUUUGGCGAUCUUUUUUAAAUUCAGCCCUUCUGUGUGUCAUGCAGUGGUCCUGCAAUUGGUUUUCUUAGCCUAGCUCCGUCCUCCCCCAUAAAGUCACCUAUGCUUGGUGAUUCAAAACCAAAACACCUUUCCUGCCUGUAUACCUCUUUCCAGAUUGAACAGUGAAGCUCUUAAAAAACACCCAACUGAAGGGCUAACAUCAUGAAAGACAGGGAGCUGCCGAAGUCUGGUUAAGCUUCUGUCACCUCUUUCUACAAAUGCACUACUUAGUGGUAUAUGAAAGAUCAGAGCUUAUCUGAGUCUGAAACCAGUAGAGAAACUGCUUCCUUUCCUCAGGGAACCAUUCCCUUCUCCCAUCCAGUAUGCUUGGAUUCCUACUGCACACAUUAUCAUUCCAAUUACACCACCACAAGUAUGUGAAAAUAACCUAUAUGUAACAUGCUUGCGUUAACCCCCAAAUCCUCUGAGCCAUAGUAACUGAUAAAUCCAGAAAAACCUUGAGGUAGAACUUACAAAGUAAUCGUGUCACACACGGGAACACCACAAUACUUACUUGUCUUGCCUGAAGUAUUGGUGGGAAAAUAAUGCUGUCCAUGGCUCAGACAGCGAUGUUAAAUGUUGCACUACUGAAACUAUUUAAAGAGACCUUACUGAUGAAAACUGAUGCUAGUUCAGGCCUCCUGCUCAAGGUAAGGCUAUUCGACUAUUAUGCCAGCAUACUUAAAGAAUCUGCCUUGAUUUUAACUAAUUUGUUGUAUUCUGGAUGUUGCAUAUUUGUUUUCAAGCAGAUUAAGAAAACAUUAUCUUUGUUUACAUAAUAAAAUUCCCCUCAAUAUGUUAACUUUUUAAUUGACUCCUUUGUUAGCAGCUUCAGUUCCACUGAAAUAUCUUCAUACAAAAACCUCCACAAAAGUGUAAGUGAAUGGUUUCCAAUCUAGAGUGAUUAGAACAAGCUUACUAGUGUUUCACAUGGUAACUAGGAAUCCAGCAUGGUCGUGACCGCAUGUGCAGAAACAUGUUAACAAUGAACACACAACAAUCGGGUCCUAGAGCAGAAAGAUUUCACAAAACCUCUUCAUACAGCUGACUCCUGAAACUCAGCUUCACCAUACUUCAUCACGGAGUCCUCAUCAUCCAGCUUUGAAAGUAGAAAACUGGCUAAGGAUUCUAGUUCUGUUGACGGUAAGGUCAGUAAGAUUUCUAACAUAUAUUUGGUACAUUUUGGCAUUGGUGAGACAGAGCUAACAAAGGAUACAGGAAAUACAGUGUUCUGCACUUUGAAGAUUUGAGAAGGUAGUUCAAUCACAAGGGUUGGAAGGGACCUCAAGAGAUCGAGUCCAACCACCCUGCUAAAGCAUGUUCCCUACAGUAAGUCACACAGGCACACAUCUAGAUGUGUCUUGAGUAUCUUCAUAGAAGGAGAUUCUGCAACCCUCUCUGGGCAACCUGUACAGGAAGCUGACAGAGCACUGGGAAAGUUCUUCUGCAUGUUUGUAUGGAACUCCCUACAUUCAAAUUUUAAGCCAUUGCUCCUUGUACUAUCGCUACACAACACUGAGAAUAGCCUGACCUCAUCAGUUUGCUUCUCCCCUCCCUUUAGAUAUUUAUAAACACUAGUCAGAUCCCACUUCAGUUUUCCCCAGGCUGAGCAGAUUACUCAGCCUUUCCUCAUAUGGGAGAUGCUCCAGGCCCUUUAUUAUCUUUGCGGCCCUUCGCCAGACUCCUACUUACUCAGAGCAAUUUGGCUUAUCAAGCACUGAAUUAAAGUCAAGCUUAAAAACAAAGCAAUACAAAAAAAAAAACAAACAAACAAACAACAAACCUGCAACAGCUAUUAUUUCCAAAUGAAGCAGUGAAAUAUCUCAGAGAAUGUAGGUGGUCUGUGGUGCACAUCUCAAACUGGCCACAAUAAGCAUGCUCAAUUUGACAGACCAAUCUAAUCCUGCUUCACACCUCUCAGUUCAUAGUUUUGAGGGAGCUUAACCUGUUAAACUUCUUGAGGCAUUUAAAGAACAUUUCUACAUGAAGGUCACGCUUUUUGCUCAUGUUUACUAUACAAGCAUAAACUGAAAUACACAAAGCCUAAAACACUGUCAGUUCCAAAAAAGCAUGUUUCCACAAUUGCAAUACUGGCAAAUCCUAUAUUGCAGUUUGUUAAUACAGCUAAAGCAUACAGUGCUGCAGAGCUGAAAGACUACAAAGAAUGUGCUAUAACUUGACUUAAUUAAAUCAGAAGACAAAAAAUAAAGGUUAUUAAUAAGUCCACAAAGGCAGUGCUACAAAUGCAGGUUUUGAGAACUAGGAAACUGCAGAAACUGAGAAAUGUCCUCUACAACUUUUAUCUUUCUUCACAGUUCUAUACCAUUAGCAUUUAGUUUGAAAUAGUUUCUAUUUACAAGAAAUAACAAGUACAGAUUACUGCAUCACAAGGAAGAUAUGAGAGAGGUACGAUUGUGGCUGAGAACAGCCUAUUAAUAGCAUGAAGAUCAUUUUAAGUUAAAAGUGUCGAACCUUAACUUUGAUUAGCUGCAUGAGCCGUGUUAGUCAACUAUUUCAUUGAGGAAACAGAAAAAUCAGUUACCUUUUUGUUUCAUGUUUCUUGAUCAAUUUCACCAAUUGCAAUUACCUUUAAACA